AUGAAGGAUGACGCCGACGAGGAGAGGCAGUUCUUGGGUGGCGAGUGGUGGAUUGUGAUCAGAGAAUGGGCCGGAAUUAAAAUGUAUGAGAAGCAUGAAAGGAGUACUGUGGGGCUUCUUGGUAAGGUUUUCUCCUUCAGAAUAGUUUCCACUCCUCAUAGAGAGCCUAAUAACGUGGCCGAGACAGUGUUUGUGUAUGCUGGAAUGGCCUUGCUUUCCAAGGCUGCAAUUUCCAAGGAAAUGAGCCCUUAUGUGUUUGUUGUUUAUAGACAAGCCUUUGCAUCAGUUGCUCUAUCUCCAUUUGCUUUCUUUGACAGCAAGCAAUCAGCUCCUUUGUCAUGCAACUUGUUGUGCAAAUUGUUGUGCAAAUUGUUUCUAGUUUCCCUUGUUGGGUUAACUGCAAGUUCAAACCUUUACUAUGUUUCAAUCAACUACACCACUGCAACAUUUGCUGCAGCCGCCACAAAUACUGUCCCUGCCAUUACUUUCAUCAUGGCUGUUUUAAUUAGGAUGGAAAGCAUUUCCGUAAAACGUGUGCAUGGAUUGGCCAAGAUUUUGGGGUCCGUUCUAAGCCUUGCUGGGGCAAUAACAUUUGCUUUAGUCAAAGGACCUCACCUGGGUUUCAUGAAAUGCUAUCCAGAAAAUUAGAACCAUACUUCUCACCCUUUAACAAUUGUGCACUCCAAAGGUGAUACUAUUAGAGGCUCUCUUUUGAUGCUCGCAGCUAACACUGCAUGGUCCUUGUGGCUUAU